UCGGUGUCACUACGUAGCAACUGAGCUAUAUCAAUUCCGUCUAGUUGAUUUAGGGAUGACGAUGUUGGCCGGAUACGGCGAGGAUGAAAGUUGGAUCUCACACAAUGAGAUCAUAGAGAGUUAUCUCCGGCCAAAGAUUGAAGGAAAAGCAGUGGCGAUUCCGGGGUUGGUUGUGGAACUGGGGGAGGAAUUGUACACUCGAGAGCCAUGGCUGCUUCCGCAGAGAGCACAUCCCGUCCUUAACCCUCGAGAGUGGUUCUACUUUGGGAGAAAGAAACCAAAUGAUCGCAUCUUUGAAGGAGUUGAUCACGAAGGGGCGUGGGUUGUCCUUAGCGGUCGCUGCGAUCCGAUCCGAUCCGAGGAGACUGGUGAAAUAGUUGGGGCAACGAUGAGAUUCAGAUAUGGCUUCAGGAACAAGGGUGAGAGUACAAGCCUGAGGUGGAGUAAUUGGUUCAUGAGAGAGUAUCGUCUCUUUAACCACGUUAGGCAAACCACGAGCAAGCAAGUUUUUUGCAAGAUUACUGAAAACCUAUGCUAGACAGCUUCCUCCCUCCUUUUGUUUUUUUUUAUUAAAGACACAAGUCAAAUGCAGUAUGUGAGUUUCAUUAGAACAGUAUGUAAUGCAAUUAUUUAUUUUUAAAGAUAUGUCACAAUACAAAUCACAGCUUAUAGUGUAACAACUGAUCAAUACUUAGGAAAAUCUUUAAAAAGUGGAAGAAGAUAUUCAUCUUCCCGUGUACAGCAAGCAAAA